AUGGAGCUCUGUCAGACAUUUAAGAUGAAUGGAUUCAAUGAUGAUGCAAUCAGACUCAGAUUAUUCCCAUUUUCUUUGAGGGAGCAAGCCAAGAGUUGGUUGGUAUCUUUGCCACCUAACUCAAUCAAUACAUGGAAUGAUCUUGCACUAAAGUUUCUCUCCAAGUUCUUCACUCCAGCCAAGGCAGCUAAGCUAAGGGGGGAGAUCAACAACUUCUACCAGCUGGAUAAUGAAUCUCUAUAUGAGGCGUGGGAGAGAUUUAAAGACUUGAUAAGGAGGUGCCCGCAUCAUGGGAUAGAGAGAUGGAUGUUAGUCCAUAACUUUUAUAAUGGGUUGUGUGGUACCACUCACACACUCAUUGAUGCAGCAGCUGGUGGGGCAUUUAUGAGGAAGAGUGCCAAUGAGGCGUAUGAUUUGUUAGAAGAAAUGGCCAUUAAUAAUCAACAGUGGCCAAGUGAAAGAGAUAACUCGAAGAAAGUGGCUGGUUUGCAUGAGAUUGAUGCAAUAUCUAAGUUAACUGCUCAAGUUGAGGCUUUGACUAAACAGCAGCAAGGCAGUACAAUGGCAACCCCCGUGAUGCAAGCUCAACUUAUGUGUGAAUUAUGUGGGGGUCCUCAUGCUUAUGAAAAAUGUCAGUACGCGGAUGGUUGGAGGAAUCACCCCAAUUUUUCUUGGAAGAAUGACCAACAAGGACAGUCUUUAAUUCUGCCGUCACAACAACCAUUUCAGCAGCCACCUCCUGGAAAUUUGGAGAACCAGAUUGGGAAAUUGGCUACUCUUAUGGCCAACCGUGCUCAAGGUAACCUUCCUAGCACCACUGAAGUCAAUCCAAAAGAAGAGUGCCAGGCUAUUACAUUGAGAAGUGGGAAGAAAUAUGAAGAGCCAAGUGUGGAGCAGUCAGAUGAAGACAAGGUUCAGGAUCAACAAGCACAGGGCACAGUGGAAAAAAAGCAAGGUGAAAACAAGGUUACUGAAUACCUCCCAACCAAAGAAGCUACACCACAAGUGAGCAUAGAUCACCACAUCAAGAUUCCCUAUCCAUAA